AUGGGAGAGUGCGGAAGUGCUGAAGGGCCAGGGACCAGGAAGAGUGGGCAGGAACCAGUGCCUGCUGGUGGGGCGCAAGAGGGACGCAGAGGCAGGACAGCAAGUAUCCCAAGCAGAGCAAAGCCAAGGCAGUUGGGAAGCAGUGUCGCUGGUCAGGCAGCCACUGUGUGCCAGGCCCAGGCCCCGCGGGGGCCGACUCCCCUUGCACAGAUGAGGGUGUGAGCCAGGCACUGCGCGACAGGAUUCGAACCCGGGCCGGCACAGCUCCAAUGCCAGGGUCCCCUCUGCCCCAGGGGUCCUGGCUGUGCCCGGGCACCGUCCCCACCCGUGCAGCUGACCAUGCUGCGCUGGCUCCUGCUGCUCCUGCCGCCCUUCCUGCUGCCGCUGCUCCUGCUGCUGCCGCCCGCCGUGGCGCUGCGCGGGUGCCUGGGCGCCAGGCUGGCCUGGCUCGUGGGCCUGCAGCAGCGUGUAGCCCUGGGCGCCCUGGGCUGGGCAGCCACCUGGCAGCGACGCAGGCUGGAUCACAGCACACGCCAUGCGGCCCGGAGCCAGGGGCAGGCCCUGGCGUGGUGUCUGCGGGGACCCAAGGGGGGCACAGACACGAGCGCCUUCCGGAAUCACCUCCCUCUGACCACGGCUAGCCAGGCCCAGGAGGAAGAAAAUGGGGGGCAGGACCAGCCCCUCACCUCAAGCCAGCACCCCCGGGAGGCUGCCCUGCAGGCCACCGUGCUGGGCCUGUCGGCCCUCAGCAAGGCCCACCCCGCCGCGCUGGCUCCGGGUGCCGCAGCCCGUGUGACCCCCACCUCCCCGUGGCCACGCCCGCUGCCCUGGCUUGGGCCCGUCCUGGGCCUAGCAGGCCCCCCUGGUGCAGAGGACCCCCAGGCCCUGCUGCUGGCCGCCCUGAGAUCCCCAGGGCUCAGGGCCCUGGAAGCUGGGACAGCCACAGAGCUCCUGGACGUCUUCACAGGCCUGGAGGCCCAGGGCGAAGAGCUGGCCGGGGCUAUAGCUACUGGGCACCUAGGGGCGCCUCUCCCGGGACGGGCAGCCGAGCUCCGGGCGGCCCUGGAGCAGGGGCCCCGGGGUCUGGCCCUGCGUCUGUGGCCGCAGCUGCAGGUGGUGGUGACUCUGGAUGCGGGCGGCCAGGCCGAGGCGGCGGCUGCCCUCGGGGCCUUAUGGUGCCAGGGCCUGGCCUUCUUCUCUCCGGCUUUCUCGGCCGCUGGAGGGCUGCUGGCCCUGAGUCUGUGGCCUGAUCAGCCCCGGGGCGUCUACCUUCUGCCCCCCGGACCCCCCUUCAUCGAGCUGCUGCCCGCCAAGGAGGGAACCCCGGAGGGCGACACCGGCACCCUCCUCCUGGCCGGAGCCCAGCAGGGCGAGGAGUACGAGCUGGUGCUCACCGACCACGCCAGCCUGACCAGGUGCCGCCUUGGUGAUGUGGUGCAGGUGGUUGGUGCCCAUAACCAGUGUCCGGUGGUCAGGUUCAUCUACAGGCGGGGCCAGGCCCUGAGCGUGCGGGGGGAAGUCACCGACGAGCGCAUGUUCUCGGAGGCCCUGGGCCGGGCCGUGGCGCAGUGGCCGGGCGCCAAGCUGCUGGACCACUGCUGCGUGGAGAGCAGCGUCCUGGACUCCUCCGAGGGCUCUGCUCCCCACUACGAGGUGUUCCUGGACCUGAGAGGGCUGAGGAACCUGUCGGAGGAAAAUCGAGAAAAACUGGACCUCUGCCUGCAGGACGCCUCCCCGAGCUACAAGUCCCUGCGCUUCCGGGGCAGCGUGGGCCCCGCCCAGGUGCACCUUGUGGCCCGGGGGGCCUUCAGCGCCCUCCGAGCUGCCCUGGCCGCCCGGCCCUCGUCCCCUGCUCUUCCCGCCAUGCCCCGCGUCCUGAGGCACAGGCGGCUGGCCCAGCUCCUGCGGAGCAGGGUGCUGUCCUGACUCGCUCCCCAGAAGCCCUGGGUCACUGGUCGUUGGGAGCAGCUGAAGCUGGAAAGUAAUGACGUGCGCAGAACGAAGCCAGCCCGAGGACACGGGAGCCCGAGGACACGGGAGCUCCUCAGAGCGGGGAAACAAGCCCUUGUCGCCUUUUAACUGAUUGCUGGGCAGCGAGGCGGAAAUUAAGCAACCUCUCGAGGGUAUAAAUAAAUGCUCUGCUGUCCUGGGGCAGCUCCCCGUGUCUGCUGAGGGGGGACCUCCACCUGGUCCCAGGUUUUUG